GGUGUGUGUCGCGAGUCAUGACUCACUCACGCUAUGAUUGAUUGGGAACGCCCAAAAAGAACUCGCACUUGUAAAACACACGUGCCCUUUUUUGACCCAUCACGACUCGCAGAAGCUUCGGAAACCCCAUUUGGCUACCCCCCCCAAUUCCUAGCUCUUUUCUCUCUCCUCUCUCUUUUCUCUCUUCAAUUAACGAAGCUCGAUCACUGGGUCUUUGACUCGAACAAUUCACUGAAUCUUCAACCAAUUAGCCGCGUGUUUCGUUGAAUCAGGAUUUCUGGAAUUAAUCAGUGAAGGGAACCAAUCACAACUUGUUUUGAGGUUAAUUGUGAUCUGGGUUUUGUUCAUUUUGUUACAGAAUGCAAUAGUGCAGUUUGUAUCAACUUUUAAUGCGAACACACUGAUAUUAGGGUUUUGGAUUGGGAAGUGGGGUUAUGGGUUCUCUGCAGUUGAUGGGAAUCAAAAUGCCGGUGGGUCAGCAGCCCUCCACUGUAGAAUUGAAACUUCAAAUUGAAAGAAAUCUUGGGUUUGAGAAAGCAGAAAAGUACUUUUGUCUUUUGAACCGAUACUUGCGUCUCAAGAUUAGCAAAUCGGAAUUUGAUAGGCACUGCAUUGGUACAAUUGGGAGAGAGAACAUCUGCCUUCAUAAUCGACUUAUCCGAGCAAUUAUAAAAAAUGCAUGUGUUGGUAAGACUCCUCCACCAAAAGAGAGCAAAACUGGCAGUUCAUUGAAUGUUAAAGUGUCAAAUGGGUAUCAAAGAAGUAGUCUUCAGUCGCUCUGUAGAGACGUUUUUCCUCAGUCUCCACGGAAGGGAAGGUCACCGAGUUUUCGGGAUCGGAAGUCUAAGGACCGUCCCAGUCCUCUUGGGCCUCAUGGGAAGGCGCAUAGUGUUGGAUGUGAAGAUUCUGUUCCUAAAAUUCAGGAACAACAAAGUGCCACCGAGCUGCUUUCUUUAGGUAGUGGGACACCUCCUGAAGGAAACUCUGUGGAAGAGGGUGAAGAGGUUGAGCAAGCUGCUGGCAGCCCAAGUAUUUACAGUAGAAGCCCUGUCAGAGCACCUCUUGGCAUGUCCAUAAACGGGAAAGAAACACGGAAAGUACUGCGUAAGGGAUCGGCAACUGCCUCUCAUAUACACUCAUGCCUCAAUAAUGAUGAGCUUCCCAACACCAGUUCUCUGAAGACCAGAUUGGAGCAAAAGUUAGAGAUGGACGGCUUGAAAUUUUCAAUGGAUUGCGUUAGCCUGUUGAACAACAGUAUCGACAUUUACCUGAAGAGGUUGAUAAAGCCAUGUUUGGAAUUAGCUGCUUCAAGGUCUGGAAAUAAGCACUCAAGUGAAGUACCUGAUCAGGUUGUAUUUGGUUUGAAUGGGAUGAUGCCCGUGAGAUAUGUACAUAAAGCAAACAGACCCGUUUUUGCAUCCUUGUUGGACUUUCGAGUUACAAUGGAAUCAAAUCCUAGGAGGCUUGGAGAAGAUUGGCCAGUACAACUUGAGAAGAUUUUCUUGCGUGCAUCAGAUCAAGAAUGAGUUCGACUUCAUCUAAGUGAUAACGUGUUAUUCUGAUUCUAGGGUCCAGUCUAACAGUGACAUAGACUCCACAUUUUUAUGAGUGAUGCUGGAGGGCUUACAUGCUUAAAGCUAUGAAAAUUUUGGAUCAAGGCGAUUAGGUUGUAUGUAUAUACAUCUCAGUGCUGAUUACGGGACACGUCACGUGGUAAAGUAUAGUGUCAACACUUGUAAAAAUCUAGCCACUAAAAGUAGCUCAGUUGUCUACUUCGACUAAUUUGUAUAGUUUUCUCAUUUUUAUAACAAAAUAAUGUUAUUGGUAGGGUCCCAGACCUCUAGAAAGGUGGAGGAGCAAGAGUUGUCGUGAUAGAAAAGAGAAAUGACUAUAUCCUCCACACUUGAUCAUCAUUUGAUAUAUUAUCCAACCCCAGGCAAUCUUAAUUAUUGGUGGUGGUUGAGGCCGUUUGAUUGUAUUUGUUUGAUCAUUCAAUUUCUAUAGUUUGUUCAUCUUAUUGACGUUUUGUUAAUAAAGCUUGUCUUUGGAGUUGCCAGAA